CUCGCUUUGCUCUCUGAUUUCAUGAGGGCUCUUCAGAAGGUUCGUGGAAAAAAGCAAUCAAAAGGUGAGUUUCUCUUGGUGCAGGAGGUGGUGUUUAGCCAAGCAGCUGACACCUGUCCCGUACGGGAGGCCUGGUUCCUGCCCCAGCACAGUGCCAAUGGCACUUCCUCAAGGUGCAGUCCUGGGGUCCUGGCAAGGGCGCUCUUGCACCCUGUGCCUUGGAGUGGCUCUCCCAUGACAGAAGACACUGAUCCACUUUUCUCUUUUCCAUCUCUUACGGAAAUGAUGUCCUCCCACAAGCGUCAAGACAAGCGUCCAGAAUCCUGCCCUGACCCCACCCUGCUGCAGGGACAGUCGUUUCUGGCCACCGAGAUGGACCGUCCCCAAAUGAGGCUCUGCUGGACUGAGGAAUGGACACGGCAGCCCAGGGGACACUCGCGGGGUCCCAAGGAACUUACCCAACAAAGCAAGGGCCUGGCAGGUGUGCCGUCUCUGCGCUAUGUGCCCAGGCCAGGCCAGCUCCUUGACUGUCUCCUCGCCCUGAAAAACAGCCCAUGGCUGGGCUGGCAGCCACCCGGGCUCCAGGCCAGAGCUCCAGGCUUGCACUGUGGGCUCCAGUACUCACUGGUGCGCUAGUCUCUCCCAGGCUUGUGGUCCUGGCACCUGCAACCAGGGGCAACUCCUGGCCCCGCCCUGCCCCGCCCACUCAGGGCUUUGUUCUGUAAGUAGGGGAAUGUGGAGAGGCCUGGGUGGGCUUGGCCUGGCAGCGGGAGCCCUCUGACUCAGAGCAGAGGUGCUGCCCCCUCCUCCCUCUCCCCUCCAGAGCCUUGGUACCCUAAGGAGCCGCCUCCUUGCCUCUCCUGGGAAUGCCAGAAGAUUCCUCUGAGCAGCCCCAGCCUGCUCCAGGAACGCGGUGUACCAACAUGCCACAUGUUACAACAUCCAUGCCGAUGCGAACCUUGUGUCCCUACUGUGGGAACUACGUCAUGACCAGGACGACCCCUGUGCCCGGCAUGCUCUCCUGGGUGCUGUGCCUGGGCCUCUGUGUGUUUGGGUGCUUCCUGGGCUGCUGCCUGAUCCCUUUCUGUGUGAGAAGCCUCAUGGACGUGAAGCACACGUGUCCCGUGUGCAGACAGACGCUCUUCCACCACCGCCGCCUGUGACCGCCAGAAUAAACAUGCACUUCACCCCA